AUGAAGCACAUCCAAAUCAGUAAAUUCUUCAAGCCCGCCAAACGGAAACUAGAGGCACGUGAUACCCACGUCGAUGUUAAUCACACCGAGCCCUCCAACAAGAAACCAACUCCCAAAGAAAAAGAGACCUGCAAGGCGAGCUCUUCCAAAAUUCAACCUGCUGCUAAAGUGUCUAAAUUGACUCCUUUGGAAAAACAGAUCUUAGAUCUCAAAGACGGUCACCUGGACAAGCUUCUAGCAAUACAGGUUGGGUACAAGUACAAGUUCUAUGGCGAAGAUGCUAGAAUUGUAUCUAAAAUCAUUAACAUCAUGUUGAUUCCCCAUACGGAUUCGAGGUUCAACUACUGCUCGAUUCCAGACAACAGACUCCAUGUUCACUUGAAAAAGAUCCUAACUUUUGGAUACCGUGUAGGUGUUAUCAAGCAGAUUGAGCUGACGAUAUCAAAGACCAUGGAGAGCUCCAAAGGAAUUUUUGAGAGAAAACUUACUGGCGUUUAUACACUGGCGACCUACAUGAAUGAAGAAAUUGAAGACGGCAGAAAGUUGGCAAUUGACGACGAUAAUGGGCAAUACGUAUGUUGUGUGAACCAUAUGGAUAACAGUACAGGCUUUGUGGUGAUAAAGCCGUUGACGGGUGAAAUCAUUGUCGAUUCAUUCGAAGACAAUGACUUGCAUCAUGAGCUAGAAACAAGAUUAGUAUAUUUCAAGCCCAGUGAAUGCAUAAUAUUAUGCAACGAUGAGGUAACUACAAUGACUCUCACCAAGUUAGUCAACCUGAUCAAUAACCUCUGCAAAGUGGAAACUAGAGACAUAAAUAAAGACGUUCUACAGGAAUUGGAAUCAUUUUUUGGGAAUGACGAUUUGGACAAAAACAACUUAUUCGACUACUACAAGGUGAAUUUCAAUAGUUUGAUACUCAAUUGCAUUCAUGGACUAGUGCAGUAUUUGGAACCUUUCAAGCUUAAUACCAUCUUCACAGUUCCUUCAAACAUACAGAAGUUCAAGAAUGACGAUUACAUGAUAUUAUCCUCGAACGUACUUAGAACCUUGGAGAUUUUUGAAAAUUCUACCGAUAAUACCACUAGAGGUUCACUUAUUUGGUUACUAAAUCAUACACGGACGAAAAUGGGUGAAAGAAUGUUGUUCAAGUGGGUUUCCAGGCCUUUAACUUCUAGAGAGAAGAUUCAAGAUAGAGUCGAUGCCUUAGACGAUUUAUCCAAAGAGUUUAAUCAUUUCAUAGACAGUCUCACAAGCUUAUUAACGAAUGAUAUUGACUUGGAAAAGGGUUUGAUCAAAUUGCAUUAUUCAUUGAGCACUGCUAAAAUAACCAGAAGUGAGGUGUACAAGAUGUUGAGUAAAUUCAACAAGAUUUUGAAGCUUGUCAAGAGUUUUGAAAAGGAGAUCGAGAAGCUUAAUGGUUCGUUGAAGUCAAGGGAGCUUAAGUCCAUAUUCAAUGAAUUGCUUGACUUGGCAGAGAAUUUUGAUAUCGAGUCUAUACACCUAAACUUUAUUUCCUCGACAUAUGGAAACUCCGACUCGAAGGAGCAAAAGUACCAAUACUUUAACCUAGAUUAUCACAACUGGGAAGAUAUCAGCAAUCAGAAUGAUCAGAUCCUGAACAUCAAUCAAGAAAUCGAAGAAGAAACAAAAGCCGUUAGCAAGAUUUUACGAAAGCCAAUUCGUCUUGUGAAGAUAUUGAACCAAGAAAACUUGAUUGAGGUGAGAAACACCCAGGCAAAUUCUGUACCUGUAGACUGGGUUAGAAUAAACGCUACGAAAAGCAUAACUAGGUUCAGAUCGCCAAACCUUCAGCGAUUGAAUGACUUGUUGAUAUACAAUCGUGAAUUGCUUGAUAAGGUUUGUGACCGGGUGUUCCUUAAAUUUUUGGGAACAAUCAAUGAAAACUAUUUCAAAUUCAGCAAGAUUAUCCACAACCUUUCCAAGUUUGACUGUCUUUUAUCAUUGGUUGUAACAAAGGCUCUGGGAGUGAAGCCAAUAGUUUUAGAGGAAAACUCGAUUGUGGACAUCAAAGAAUUCAGAAACCCAAUCAUCAAUACUUUGACAAACUAUAUCACAAACGAUGCUCAUAUCACCCUGACAGAGAACCGCAUAUCACUAAUUACGGGCCCAAAUAUGGGAGGAAAAUCGAGUUAUAUCAAGUCGAUUGGUAUUCUUGUUAUAAUGCAUCAAAUCGGCUGUUACCUUCCUUGUGAGUCUGCAAAGCUCAGUAUAUUCAAGAAGAUAUUCAUCAGAAUGGGGUCGUUUGACAACAUCAUCAAAGGUCAGUCUACAUUCAUGAUCGAAAUGAUAGAAAUAUUGAACAUUUUGCAAAACUUCGAUUCCAGCUCGUUGAUUUUGCUUGAUGAAGUGGGAAGAGGAACAGGCACUUUUGACGGAUAUGUUAUAGCCUAUUCAAUCAUCCAACACUUUUGUGGCCAUGCUGAAAGUCCCGUAGUCCUUUUCAUCACUCACUUCCACAAACUCACCGAGUUGGCAAAUGAGCAUAAGGUUGUGGGAAACUUCUACAUGGAUUUCAUCAAGAAACCAGAGAGUGAUGAGAUACAAUUCUUGUACAAGCUUGUGCCUGGAAUCCUCGAUAAUCUGUUUGGUUUGAAUGUUGCUAAAUUAGCUGGUAUCCCCGAAGAAGUAAUCGAAAGAGCUAAAGUCAAAUCGAUAGAGAUGAAAAAUGACAUGGAUAUAAGAGCUAUUACUGAUGUUCUCCGGAUGAUCAAGGAGAAGAACUUGGAAAAGGCAUUUGAGACUAUUAGCUGAUAUACAAUAGAUACCUAAAUGUGGGCUUCCCUAAGUCAAGAGGCUUCUAUUGGUUUGACAGGGUGCAAAAAUAGAAUUUCAGUUGUAUCUAGCCUGUAUUUGUCUAGUCUAAAUACUUCUACUUAUAAGUCGAAAAAGUUCAAGGCAAUUUUAUUGAACUCCUCUGGAUUAUCAAGGUAAAUAUGGUGGCCAGCAUUUUCCACAAUUUUAAAUUCAGCAUCUGCACCCAACUCCUUCAACUUCUUAUAGAUGUACUCUCCACCCUUGAAGUUCAUCCAGUCUUUCUCACCGUAUAACCAGAGGGUCUUGAUUUUGUUUUCGGUGAAAAACUCUGCUAUCUGUCGAUCACAUAACGGCAAUUUAGGUAAAAUUUCGUGGUUGAUGAGUUUGGUUAUAGCUAAUUCACCUGAACCUUGAUACUGGUUGAAAAUCGAGUAAGAAUAGUAAUGCAACUUCAAAAGAAGGUCAUGGUUGGUCUCACCAUUCGAGUCCUUCAAGUUUCUGAACCUCUGGUACGACCAUAAACUCAAGAACUUGGAGAACAUUGGACCAAACAACUGGAGCAAUUGGAACGGACUAAUUUUCCAUUCCCAUAGCUUUUUCAACACCAAGUUUUCGGGGAACUUGGGUCUACCCAAACUUUCCCAUAACUUGGUCAACUCAUCAUUGUCAUGGACCUCUCCAUUCUCCAGCUGCUGCUGGACUAAUUCUUCCAACGGCCUACCUCCUAAUUCAUGGUGGUUCACCUGUAGGUCCUUGGAGUUGAGUAAACUGGUGUAAUUAGAUUCGGUACCCAUUGGACUCACCACAAGAAACUCA